UCGGGAGCCACAUCCCGCAAAGGAGGAGCGGGGCCGGGCACGGCAGCGGGGCGGCGGCGGGGCCCGAGCCCGGCGCCGGAGCUCCAGCAGCGGGGCCGCCCCGCAGGAUGUGGUGGGACGAGCGGGUGUCGGCGCGGUUCCGGAGGAACCUGCAGCCCACCCUCACCUACUGGAGCGUCUUCUUCAGCUUCGGCCUCUGCAUCGCCUUCCUGGGGCCCACGCUGCUGGACCUGCGCUGCCAGACCCAGAGCUCGCUCUCGCAGAUCACCUGGGUGUUCUUCUCGCAGCAGUUCUGCCUCCUGCUCGGCAGCUGCCUCGGAGGGGUCUUCAAGAGGACGCUGGCCCAGUCCCUGCUGGCCCUGUUCGCCUCCUCGCUGGCCAUCUCGCUGGUGUUCGCCAUCAUCCCGCUGUGCCACAACGUGGUGCUGCUGGCCGUGGUCAUGGCCGUGGCCGGGCUGGCCAUGGGCUGCAUCGACACCAUCUCCAACAUGCAGCUGGUCAAGAUCUACCAGAAGGACUCUGCCAUCUUCUUGCAGGCCUUGCACUUCUUCGUGGGUUUCGGGGCGUUGCUGAGCCCCCUGAUCGCCGACCCCUUCCUGUCGGACACCAACUGCAUCCUGGCCAACGGCACGGCCAACGCCUCCAGCAACCUCCCGCACAUCCGCAAGUCCCUGGUGCCGCACCACCCGGGCAACCUGUCCCACUACGAGCUGCCCAUGAAGGGCCUGGUGGUGACGCGGGUGUCCUACGCCUUCUGGAUCAUGGCCCUCAUCAACCUGCCCGUGCCCAUCGCUGUGUUCUUCCUGCUCUACAAGGAGCGGAUGGUGCCCUGCUUCAACGGCAGCAGCCACCCGCUGCUGUCAGCUGACGAGCUGGCCCUGGAGACACGGCCUGGGGACAAGGACGAGCUCUCCACCGCUGGCCCGAGACCCCACCCAGCUGCAGGUCACGAGGAUUUGUUCAGCUGCUGCCAAAGCAAGAACUUCCAAGGGGUUUCCUUCACCUACUUCGCCGUGCACAUCACCGGGGCUCUGGUUCUCUUCAUGACUGACGGGAUCGUGGGAGAAUACUCGGGCUUCGUGUACAGCUACGCCGUGGAGGAGCCGCUGGCCGUGGUGCACAAGGUGGCCGGGUACCUGCCCAGCCUCUUCUGGGGCUUCAUCACCCUGGGCAGGCUCAUCUCCAUCCCCGUGUCCUACAGGAUGAAGCCAGCCACCAUGGUCUUCAUCAACGUGGUCGGGGUCCUCAUCACCUUCCUGCUGCUCCUGAUUUUCUCCUCCAGCGUGGUUUUCCUGUUUGUGGGCACAGCAUCCCUGGGGCUGUUCCUCAGCAGCACCUUCCCCAGCAUGCUGGCCUACACCGAGGACAUCCUGCAGUACCAAGGUUGUGCCACCACCGUGCUGGUGACCGGGGCUGGCAUCGGAGAGAUGGUUCUGCAGCUGCUGGUGGGCUCGAUUAUCCACGAUCGGGGCAGCUACAGUUUCCUGGUGUGUGGGAUGAUCUUUGGGUGCUUGGCCUUCACCUUCUACGCCCUGCUGGUGUUUUUCCACAGGAUGUACCCCAAGCCCUGCCCAGAGCUGGACGAGGCCUCCCCGGAGAAGACGCCCGAGGACGCGGGGCAGUACCAGCGCUGAGCGGGCGCAGCUCCGUGCCAGCGAUAAUCCGAAUAAUCCCAAUAAUCCGAAUAAUCCGAAUAAUCCGAAUGAACCCCCCGCCAGCCCCGCAGGUCAUGACCGAAUCACGGCGGGCGGGCAGAGGCAGGACCCAGGAAAUGGAGCCCCAAAUGCCCGGCGGAGCACGGGGGUUGUGCCCAAAGUCCUGCGAGUGCCAGCCUGGUCCUGGCACUAAGAGCGGGGAUGCUGGCACGGCAGUUCCUCCUGAAAAUGAACUUUUCCUCUCCUGAAAAUAAAAUUUUUUUUCUCCUGGAAAUGAAACUUUUUUUUCUCCUGCAAAUGAACUUUUUUUCUCCUGAAAAUAUAUUAUUU